AUGAGCACUUCAAGAACUGAUAGAGCUGCAGCCAAGGCUCUGUGGUACCCCAUGGCCGUGGGCCUCAACAAGGGCCACAAAGUGACCAAGAACGUGAGCAAGCCUAAGCACAGCCGCAGCCGCGGGCGCCUCACCAAGCACACCAAGUUCAUGCGCGACAUGAUCCGGGAGCUGUGCGGCUUCAUCCACUACCAGCGGCGUGCCAUGGAGCUGCUCAAGGUGUCCAAGGACAAGCGUGCGCUCAAGUUCAUCAAGAAGCGGCGGGUGGACACGCACAUCCGCACCAAGAGGAAGCACAAGGAGCUGAGCAACGUGCUGGCCGCCAUGCGCAAAGCGGCCGCUAAGAAGGACUGA